GCCUUAGUUAAACCUCGAUCGGCACCUUUAUCCCAGGGAGACGAAAUGAGGGUGGGAACCCUUGUCCUGUUGUGUGCCUUAGUGGCAGUCGCUUGGUCCAAACCAGUAUGGAAAGAGAAAAACCGUGGUUAUAAAAACUACCGCCUUGUGCGACUUUCCCCGACUACACAGGACCAAAUUGACUUUCUAAAGAGACUGGAAAACACCGUCCAAUUAGGCAUAGAUUUUUGGACCCCAAGCGACCAUCCGGGCACCCACAACAUCGAUAUCGCAGUCCCACCUAAGACCUAUAGAACCUUUAUCCGGCUGAUAGAGGCCAAUAAGAUCACGUAUAAGGUCAUUCAGGAGGAUAUUCAGAGCCUCAUAGAUACUGAGACAACCAGUAAUAAUAAAGCCCGCGAGGACAAGAUAAAGAGCAAGGCAUGCGAGUCUCAGGGCAAUAGCAACUGGAAGGGGAAGGGUAAAAACAAGUGCAAAAAUGGACAAGAUGCUGUGGCAACGUUCAGUAACUUGGCAACGGAUAGUAUUGUGGGGACGUAUGCACAUAGGGGAAGAUGGAACUAAACCAGCCAUUUGGGUGGAUGCCGGUAUACACGCUAGAGAAUGGAUCGCUCCGGCGACCCUGGUGUACAUCAUAGACAAAUUUCUCUCGGAAUACAACAGCCUUCCAGAGCUGAAUAAGUACACCUGGUAUAUGCUGCCUGUUGCAAAUCCCGACGGUUACGAGUAUUCACAUACAUCUGAUCGUCUGUGGAGAAAGACUCGUUCACCUCAGAGUUGGGGAUGUCGGGGAGUAGACCCAAACAGGAACUGGGAUUCCCACUUUGGAGAGGCUGGCACCAGCACUUUCCCUUGCUCCGAUAUUUACCCCGGUACUGGGCCGUUCUCUGAAAAAUGUACCCAAAAUAUAAGGGACUUCAUCAACGAGCACAAGGACCGGUUGAAGAUGUAUCUGUCUUUCCAUUCCUAUUCCGAACUUUGGCUGACACCAUGGGGUUGGGGCACGGAAAAACCCUCGGACAAUGCUGAAAUGAUGCGUGUGGCUAAUCUCGGCAAGACAGCUGUACAAGGGAUUAAUGGGAAAUCUUGGACAGUUGGCGCCCCACCGGAUAUUCUAUAUGCUGCGUCGGGUGGAUCCUACGACUGGGCUAAAGAAAAGGCAGGAAUUAAAUAUGCGUAUACACUUGAGCUCCGUCCUGAUGGCAAUGCUUCUAAUGGGUUUGUCAUCCCGACCUCUGAAAUUCUUCCCAGUGGGAAAGAGGUUUAUGCCGCCGUGAAGAAAGUCGCCUCUGAGCUUAUUUAAUAAGUUAUUUUCAACAUUAUGGUAAAUUUGGUGAAACUGUAAGCGACAAAAAGCGGUCUUUACAUUGCAUUUCUUUAUUGGCCAGGAGCUGUGGAAAUAAAAAGAAAUGCAAGGUUAUAUGUGGAA